AUGGAGCUGGCGCCACGAAGCUGUCCCUUGCCGCUGCUACUGCUGCUUUUGGGCUUGAGCUCGGGAGCUGUCAUCAGCUGGCCCACGGAAGAGAGCAAGGAAGUCUGGGGUUAUGUGACUGUCCGGAACAAUGCCCACAUGUUCUGGUGGCUCUAUUAUGCCACCAGCCCCUACAAGAACUUCUCAGAACUGCCCCUGGUCAUGUGGCUUCAGGGUGGUCCAGGUGCUUCCAGCACUGGCUUUGGAAACUUUGAGGAAAUCGGGCCCCUUGACAGUGAUCUCCAACCACGAAGGACCACUUGGCUCCAGUCGGCCAGCCUCCUGUUUGUGGAUAACCCCGUGGGCACUGGAUUCAGUUAUGUGAACAAGAGUGAUGCAUACGCCAAAGACCUGGCCACCGUGGCAUCAGACAUGAUGGUUCUCCUGAAGACCUUCUUUGAUUACCACAAAGAAUUCCAGACGAUUCCAUUCUACAUUUUCUCAGAGUCCUAUGGAGGAAAGAUGGCUGCUGGCAUUGCUCUAGAACUUUAUAAGGCCAUUCAGCAAGGGACCAUCCGGUGCAACUUUGGUGGGGUCGCUCUGGGUGACUCUUGGAUCUCUCCCAUCGAUUCAGUGCUCUCCUGGGGACCUUACCUAUACAGUAUGUCUCUUCUCGAUGACCAAGGUCUGGCAGAGGUGUCUGAGGCUGCAGAGGAAGUCCUGGAUGCCCUGAGCAAGGAACUCUACCAAAAGGCCACCGAGCUCUGGGGGAAAGCAGAAAUGGUCAUUGAACAGAACACAGAUGGGGUGAACUUCUAUAACAUCCUAACUAAGAGCUCUCCUAUGUCUGCGGUGGCGUCGAGUCUAGAAUUCUCCCAGAAACACCUCGUUCCUCUUUUCCAACGCCACGUGAGACACCUACAACAGGAUGCCUUAAGUCAGCUCAUGAAUGGUCCCAUCAGGAAGAAGCUCAAAAUUAUUCCUGAAGAUUGCACCUGGGGAGGCCAGGCUACCAGCGUCUUCCUGAACAUGGAGGGGGACUUCAUGAAGCCGGUCAUCAGCAUUGUGGACGAGCUGCUGGAAGCCGGGGUCAAUGUGACUGUGUAUAAUGGACAGCUCGACCUCAUCGUGGACACCAUGGGUCAGGAGACCUGGAUACGAAGACUGAAAUGGGAAGAAUUGCCCAAAUUCAACCAGCUGAAGUGGAAGCCCCUGCACAGUGACCCCAAAUCUUCAGAAACGUCUGCCUUUGUCAAGUCCCACAAGAACCUGGCUUUCUACUGGAUUCUCAGAGCUGGACACAUGGUUCCUUCCGACCAAGGGGACACGGCUCUGAAAAUGAUGAGGCUGGUGACUCAGCAGGAAUAG